AUGACAACAACAACAACAAUUGCAACUCAAUUAAAAUCAUACAAAAUUGAGCGAAAUAUUUUCACUAGCACUAAUAACAGCUGUUUGAGUGGCAGCAUCAUUGGUGGCGCGGGUGGUUUCAUCGGUGGUGGCGGUGGUGGUGGUCAUUUUAAUGGUAGUCAUUUGACAUUUCCAUUACCACCAACACCACCAAAAGAUAGUAGUACGCCCGAUCAUUUGUCAUUUACGGCACAACCACCACAUCCACCACCAUUUGGUUCUUCAACGACAACAAUACCUUCAAUAUCAUCAUCAUCGACAACAACAUCACUAAUGAUGGAUCUAGUGCCGAAUGCGGCUGAAACAUCAGCUGCAGCUGCUGCAUUAGCAGCUGCAGCAGCAGCCGCUGCAAUUGAUAUUAAACCUGGUUCAUAUUAUCAUAUGCCACCGCAACAACAACAUCAUCAACAACAACAACAAACAACACAUCAUCAAACUAGCCAAUUACAACAACCACAGAAUCUACAAUCAACACAAACGGGUAAUACCGGUAGUGGUGGUGGACCAGGCGGUGGUAGUAAUAAUGGAUCAAUAACACAUCAAUUACAUCCGGGCACACAUCAUCAACAACAAACGCAAUCACAAACAUCAUCAUCAACAUCAGCGAUAAUUGCAUCAUCACAUCAUUUAAGUCAU